CAGGCUGAAGCUGUGCGUAAAACGAAACCUCAAAAUGUUGAAACUAAGCCCUCUGUUAAAGCCAACUCCAAACUUGACAAGCCACCGAAUAACACCAAGCAUGGCGAUGAAAACAAACUCAAAAGUGAGAAAAAGCAUCAAUCUACCAUAUCUUCUGGUAGUGAGUCUGGCGAUGUGAACACAGAUGAUGCAGAGAAACCGCAAAAGCCAUCGAAAAAGUCCAAAAACAAACAUAGCAACAUCUCCCGCAAGUGGUCUUCAUUGGAUGACAUCACCAACGAAGAAGACGGAAACUAUGAACAUGGGAAUGAAAGCCAAUUUGUGUUCAUUGAAAAUCAGGAAAAGCCAUCAAAGAAGGAAAAGAAAAAUGAUAAAAAAACUAAAGCUGACAAGAAUGUCAUGGAUAGUGACUUUAAAAUUGAAGAGGAUGAGCAAUCGCAAUUUGUUUUCCAGGAGAGUCCGACUGACCCUGCUAAAAUCAAGAAGAAAAAGGAUGCUCGGAACUACCAUAAGGCUAGUAAGCCAGUGCAGGACAAAAAGAAAGCUACUCAGUCGAAGGUUAGACGGAAUAAGCCGGGCUACUUGGGUCUAGCUCAGAACUAUUUAGAACACUGGGGCGGAGCAACCUGGAAGGCUUUGGUGUGGUUUGCUUAUCUAAUAUCGGACAUUUGUGGAAUGAGUCUACACUUGCUGUUCGAUCUUUGCACAUCAGCCUUCACGCAGACGUAUGUGAGCUCGCAAGCAGUAUGGAGGUCCACCAAGGAUUAUGUAUACAAGAUGAGAGACAACAAGUACUUGCUGUACAUAGAUAGAAAAUUUGGACACACGCGCUUCGGGUUUUGGAGGAAGUUGAAGUGGUUUAAAAAAGCAGAAGUUGAGCCUGACACAGGGAAUGAUUCAACGAAACUGAACGCCAAUAUACCGCUGCCGGCUACCGGGGAGGAGGCGAUGAAGAGGCUGCUUGCGUGCAAAGGAAAGGACCCUUACAGUAUUCUAGGCGUAAGCGUCCACUGCACAGACGAGGAGAUCAAGCGGUACUACCGGCGGCAGGCCUUCCUGGUGCACCCCGACAAGAACCAGCAGCCGGGCGCAGAGGAGGCCUUCAAGAUCCUGCAGCACGCCUUCGACCUCAUCGGCGAGCCGGAACGAAGAGAAGCGUACGAGAGACGCGCGUUAGAAUCGCGACACGUGGAAGCGGCGUGGAGCGAGCUCAGUCAGCUGUUGGCCCAGCUUCAUGACAAAAUGGAGUUUGCUGCCAACACCAUAAGAUGCACUAAUUGCGGGCGGCGGCACAAGCGAGUGGCAACGGAUCGGCCGUGCUACGCCGCUCGCUACUGCUCUCAGUGCAAGAUCCGACACUCCGCUAAAGAGGGCGACAUCUGGGCGGAGUCGAGCAUGCUGGGGCUGCUGGUGAUGUACUACGCCUGCAUGGACGGCGCCGUCUACCAGAUCACGCAGUGGGCCAGCUGCCAGAAAAAGAACCUAAAACAGUUGCGGCCAGACUGCCACGUGGUGCAGUACCGCAUAGUGCUGGGCAACAAGGCGGCCGCCGCCGACCUCAGCCAGCCGCCACACGCAGGGCACGAACCAAACUUGGAGGAGUUCCUGAACACUUUGUACCGCGGCGCGCCGCCCGCGCCUGAGCCUGACAAGCGGCGCCGCGCGCGCAAACCUAAGCAGUAAGACCGCUACUAUACCGGGUAGGGACAGAAAACCGCUUGCUAUAUCGCUUACACCGGGUUCCCACUAUGCCGGACCGGCAGAUCUCCCGGUCCGGUAAAAUCGCCGGAAGGCCUAGCGGCGGUACAAAUUGUAUGAGGCCGCUUGUAAAAAUCCGUUUUUUUGACCGGACAACGGCCCGAUUUUUUUCACCGGAUUUAGCGGUGGCGUACGGUUUAUAAUGAA